AUGGACCACACUCACACUCAAAUUCACAUAGUAGAAGUAACAAGGGACACAGUUCACCUUCACCCACCAAAGCCAUUGCCUAGCAUCCCCCGUGAGGAUACAAUCGGUCCACCUCCACCUUCUCCUCCAGCCAGCGUAGACGAGUCGCCUGACAAUCUAUCAUCCUUAUUCCCAGUCAGACUCUCAAAGUCAGACCCACUCCCAAAAGGCAUCGAGACAGACAUCGAUGUAGAGUUGGAUUCAGCUACCAUAAACAGUCACCGCACACACGACCGCCUUCACCGUGCUUCCACAGAGACAAAAUUAUCUGCCAGAAUCCCUAGAGUCUCACAGACGAGCAGUUAUGCCCAAUCUACUAGCACAUCCAAGACACAACCAGAUGGUCUCCUCCACCCACCCACUCGUCCUGUACGCCGCAACACGACAGGCUCCGCACGCCGUCCCCAUCCACCUCCAUCCACAUAUGUCGCAACCGGAGAACUGGAGGAUGACAUCCAAAUCCAAGCAGAGCAGAUUCGCCGUGAAAGAAAGCGAAAGCAGGCUGCCGAAGUCGCCGCAGCAGCUGUCGUCGAAGUGGCUCAGAAAGAGGAUGAGCGUCCCUUGGUAGGCAAUUUAAUAGGAGAGGACCACGCAAACUACGUCCUUAUGUACAACAUGCUCACGGGCAUCAGGAUAGCUGUCUCACGUUGCCAGGCAAAGAUAAAACGACCCCUCACCGAACAAGAUUUUACCGCAAGACAUAAAUACUCUUUCGAUAUCGUCGGGAACGAACUCACUCCGUCCGCGAGAUACGACUUCAAAUUCAAAGACUAUGCCCCAUGGGUCUUCCGCGAACUCCGCGAAGACCACUUCUCUCUAGACCCCGCAGACUACCUCCUCUCCCUUACAUCCAAAUACAUCCUCUCCGAACUCACCUCCCCAGGCAAAAGCGGCUCUUUCUUCUACUUCUCCCGCGAUUACCGCUUCAUCAUAAAGACCAUCCGGCACGCAGAACACAAGUUCCUCCUUCGCGUUCUUCCGCAGUACUGGGAACACGUCAAAGCGAACCCUCACACUUUAUUGAGCCGGUUUUAUGGCCUUCAUCGUGUAAAGCUUCCCAGGGGACAAAAGAUUCACUUCGUGAUUAUGAACAAUUUGUUCCCGCCUCACAAAGACAUUCACGAAUCUUACGAUCUCAAAGGGAGCACUGUCGGGCGUAUCGUACCACCUGCGAAACUGGAGCAGAAUCCUCGCGCGGUACAGAAGGAUUUGAACUGGAUCGAUAGUAAUAGGGUGCUGGAGCUUGGCCCAGAGAAGAGGGCCCUCUUAACGGAGCAAUUGAGGAGGGAUAGUGAGAUGUUGAGGGAUCUUGGGGUUAUGGAUUAUAGUUUGCUCGUUGGGCUUCAUUGGGGGAAUAGGGGGAAUAGGGAGAAUGUGAGAGGGAGUACGCUGAGGGUGUUUGAGCCCUCAGUCCCACCCAUCCGACGCAAAACCACGCAAACGAAAGAUGGGCGGUCGCCUGAAGCGAUUGCUAUGCGCCGAAUCAUGCGCGCAUCUGAUCCGCACCAGCUAGGGACGACGCUUGAUCUCCCGGAUUCGCCUCCUUCUUCGAUGCAAACCCAACCCCACCCCACUCAAGACCGCGAUCACUUUCUCUUCUACCAAGACGAAGGAGGCCUCCAAGCGACAGAUGAAAGCAACGAAGAGAUGGACGUCAUUUAUUAUUUGGGAAUUAUUGAUAUUUUGACGCCGUAUGGGGGGUUGAAGAAGUGUGAGCAUUUUUGGAAGGGGUUGAGUGCUGAUCGGCACAAAAUCAGCCCAGUCCCGCCUUCUGAAUACGCAGACCGAUUCUUUGGGUUCAUGAAAGCUAUCAUGCGUGGAGGAGAGGGUGGGUCGCGGUUUAAGGCUGAGUGA